UGGAGGUCAGGCAUGUCCAUGAAACAUCCGCUGCGAAAUGCCAUGCAAGCGGCAAAAAGACUGUGAAUUACAUGAAAUUACAGACAUACGUGCCAUAGGGGACUUUUUAAACUGCAUUUCCAUUCUGUCGAGAAGUCGCAAGUUGAGAAGAAGCGCGUAAAAAAGCAUAAAGAGGCACCGAGAGCUGUCCGUCCGUUUUGUCCUACAAAAAGGCGGCGAGAGUCUGACAGCUACAUUGCGCAGGCCUGACAUUAGGUAAACUGCUGGAGGAGGACGGCAUCCAGAGGACUACAUGAAACAAUAAAGACUGUCCUCUCUGCAGAAGGAAGCGAGCUGAAACAUGAGGAAGGACGUGAGGAUACUACUCGUAGGGGAGCCCAAGGUGGGGAAGACGUCACUGAUUAUGUCUCUGGUCAGUGAGGAGUUUCCUGAUGAGGUUCCCCUUCGAGCUGAGGAGAUCACCAUCCCAGCCGAUGUCACCCCAGAGAGGGUGCCCACACACAUUGUGGACUACUCAGAGGCAGAACAGUCAGACGAGCAGCUGUAUCAAGAAAUAUCUAAGGCAAAUGUUAUCUGCAUAGUCUACUCAGUGAACAACAAGAAGUCCAUUGAAAAGGUGACAAGCCACUGGAUUCCCCUCAUUAAUGACAGAACGGACAAGGAUAGCAGGGUACCUUUGAUCCUUGUGGGGAACAAGUCUGACCUGGUGGAACACAGCAGCAUGGAGACCAUCCUGCCAAUCAUGAACCAAUACCAAGAUAUUGAGACUUGUGUAGAGUGCUCUGCCAAAAACCUGAAGAACAUCUCUGAGCUGUUCUACUAUGCCCAGAAGGCUGUCCUCCACCCGACAGGACCCCUGUACUGCCCAGAGGAGAAGGAGCUGAAGCCAUCAUGCAUUAAGGCUCUAACUAGAAUCUUUAAAGUGUCUGACUUGGACAAUGACGGCAUCCUUAAUGACAAUGAGCUCAACUUCUUCCAGAGAACAUGUUUCAAUACACCACUGGCGCCUCAGGCUUUAGAAGAUGUAAAAAAUGUGGUCAGGAGGAACAUGACAGAUGGAGUCAAAGACAACGGACUCUCACUCAAAGGCUUCCUGUUCCUGCACACCCUCUUCAUACAGCGUGGUCGACACGAGACCACCUGGACGGUGCUGAGGAGGUUCGGUUAUGAUGACGACCUGGAGCUCACACAGGAAUACCUGUUCCCCAUGAUAAAGAUCCCACCAGACUGCACCACAGAGUUUAACCACAACGCUUACCUCUUUCUUCAGAGUGUUUUUGACAAGCAUGACAAAGACAGAGAUUGUGCGCUGUCGCCAGAGGAGGUGAGGGACUUGUUCAAAGUGUUUCCCUACAUGCCUUGGGGCCCGGAUGUCAACAACACGGUCUGUACUAACGAACAAGGAUGGAUCACAUACCAGGGAUACCUCUCACAGUGGACGUUAACAACAUAUCUAGAUGUUCAGCGUAGUUUGGAAUACUUAGGUUACCUUGGCUACUCCAUCAUCUAUGAACAGGAAUCCCAAGCAGCCGCCAUUACAGUGACCCGUAACAAGCGCAUUGAUCUGCAGAAGAAACAGACCCAGCGCAGCGUCUUCCGCUGCAACGUCUUGGGGGCGCGGGGAAGCGGGAAGAGCGGCUUCCUCCAGACUUUCCUGGGCAAGAACCUGCAGCAACAGAGGCGGAUUAGAGAAGACCACAAAUCCCUCUAUGCUAUCAGCACGACCUACGUUUAUGGUCAGGAGAAGUACCUGCUGCUCCAUGAGGUGAUGCCAGAUUUUGACUUCCUGUCAGAGGCGGACCUGGCCUGUGACGUGGUCUGCCUGGUGUAUGAUAUCAACAAUCCACGCUCUUUUGAAUACUGCGCCAAAGUGUACAAGCAAUACUUCAUCGACAGCAAGACGCCAUGUGUGGUGAUAGCUGCCAAGUCGGACCUGCACGAAGUACGGCAGCACUAUAGCCUCUCACCACAUGAGUUCUGCCGUAAACACAAACUCCACCCGCCCCAGCCAUUCACGUGCAACAUAGCCAACGCACCCAACAAGGACAUCUACACUAGACUCACCACCAUGGCCAUGUAUCCUCACGCCCGUCUCCGCUGCAUGUGCGCCUGCAACAGGUGCACCUAUUGCCUGUGUCAGAACCUCCUCAAGUUGGAGCUGCUGCGCAAUAUUAAGGCCCAACUCCGCAGGGUCAUUUACAACAGAGCUGGGGCUGUGGGGGGCUACCUGCUGUUGGAGGAAGAUUUCAGCCUGACACAGCGGGUUUCAGCUGUCUCCAACGUGGAGAGGUCCAUCUAUAUGGAGGCCUCUGCGCAGCAGCUUAUUCCCUCAGACAGGCACAUGGCUCAGGCGGACCUGAAGAACUCAACCUUCUGGCUGAGAGCGAGCGUCGGUGCCACAGUGUUCGCCGUGCUGGGCUUUGCCAUGUACAGAGCACUUCUCAAGCAGCGGUGAUGGGACAACAUGAGAUGUCAACUUCCUCCCCCCGGUCCCUGGGUUCACUCUGCCCCUUCCUUCCUACCUGAAAGACUGAAAAGACUGGCUGACCAACUGACCCGGCCCAUUGCCUCAGCCCCAACUCCACCUUGCCCCAUUCAUCUGAAUGCAUCAUGAGCAAGAAACAAAUGAGUGAAAUGGUUAAAUCAUUAAGCAUAUAAAAAGUACAUUUUAUAUGCAUUUAAAACUGAAGAUUGAACUGUCAUUCUUUUGCGAUUUAGAUUUUUGUUGAGGGGGGACAGAACAGAUAAUUUUUUUGAAAUAUCACUUGUGUAUCAGCCGAUUUCUAAAUGCUGACUUUCUGUGAUCUAUUGGUCUAGUCUAGUCCAGGUCAGUCACUGGAUGUUUUCAGCUGAUGGUCAUUAUCCAGUCCUCUUUUUAAUUUCUCUCAGGUCAGUAUUAUUAGUCAGACGGUUGGACACCAGAGAGAGAGAGGCAGCCAUAUACAGAAACUACCACAAAGGGACUUAAAUCUGUUUAUAGAUGUGUAUAUGCAGUAUAUUAUGUAUGUAUUCCCCAAGAACUUUAGGAUUGGACCUGUAGACAACAUCACAAGCCAGAAGAAGAGCUUCCCACGUCGACCUGGAGCAGCUCUUCACACCUACACCUCCAGAAGGUGUCAGAACAAACAGCGCUACAUCUAACACUAGAAAGGUCAUGGAUGUCAUGCACUUGUUUAUUUUGUGUGUUAAUUUAUUAACCUGAUUCUUUGUUUUCUAGUCUGUUUUUUGAGUGCUUUAACACUGCACUGAAUGAAACAGAUGGAGGGCAUUUUUCAUGUAUUUUUGUAUUUAGUAUUAUCAAAGCUGUCCUCAUGUUGUAUAACUACCUGCUUCUGUUUUUAUUUUAUUUUUCUGGUUUUCAAUUAGAGCUUUGACCCUCAUUAUAUUUUUAUGACAUUAGAGGCACCAUAGAGCAAGAGAUUAUGCUAUUAACAACAGCCAGUCAGUGCACCUCUCCCACCUUAAAACUACAAAAAAGUGUUUCUUCUCUUUUCCAGCAUUUACAAUAAAAGAGUUGUAUGAUCUGGCUCAUCUGUAUGCGCAUUAUUGGGUGAAAUGACCGCUAAUUUCACAGCGACAAAGAGAAUAAAAUGGUUUUAAAUAUCUGUAAUAAAUGACAUUUACACCCAUUGA